UUUCGCGAUGUCUACUGCUAUCGAAACUUGCACGACGUUGCAACACUUAGAGGCUCUAACACAACAAAUAAGUGUUUCUCGACGAGAAAUCGCAAAUAUAAGGAAAUCCGUGCACCAGAUCAAAGCGCAGUUCAAAGAUCAUUGCGAGGAGGUCAAGAAGAUUCUAGAACUAUUUAACAACCCUGAUCAGUGCUCAUUGGUGCUGGGAAAUAAAGGUUGCGAAAAGGAGCAAGAUGUGUUCACAUUUGUGCCUAUAGGUCGGAUAAGGACACCGUUCACAAACAAAAAUGCAACACCCAGACAGGCCUCCGUGUGUGAGGACUGCAUGGCUACGCUGACAGUCGACAAAGCCAUCUUCAACAACCCACAACAUUCACUCGAAAAUUUGGACGAAUUUUCACACAUUUGGUUGCUAUUUGUCUUCGACAGAAACAAGCGAAUAGCUGAUGGGAGUUUCUCCUACAAGAGCAAAGUGUGUCCUCCGCGACUCAACGGAGCAUCCGUCGGUUUAUUCAGCACACGAUCGCCGCACAGGCCGUGUCCGAUAGGGUUGAGCCUAGUACGCCUCAUUAAAAUAGAAGGUGAUACGGUCUACAUCUCUGGGGUGGACCUAGUCGACGGGACUCCGAUAUUAGACAUCAAGCCAUACAUCCCGGAUUAUGACGUUCCGAGAGACAUAUUUUCGACACCCCCAGAUAUAAAAGAUGUUGGCCAAAAGAAAGACUCAGACACCGUGCAACAGAACGUAGCUCCAGAUGGUGGCGGUGAAGCGAGCUCCGCUGCGGAGUCUCCAAGUGUCACAGCAUCCAAGUGGAUAUCAGAAAUACGCCCGCUCACCGUCGGUUUUACAGAAUCUGCACAAAAAGGCCUGGGGCAAUUCCAUGGCUCUGAUGUGACUCACCCCGAAGACUGUGCCUUCUGCCUACACCACUUUCAACAUGUUGAUCGCGCACGUAACGCACUCAUCAACUUGCUCAGUGCGGAUCCACGAUCUGUGUAUCGCAAAAAGCACUGCGCCGACCGGCUCUAUUACUGUGUGAUCGACACGAUUCACGUUACAGCUUGGUUUGACGACUUUGACAACAGGGUUGAAGUGCUCAAAGUGUCAUCCUUACCUGCGUAAGAAAGUUCCUACAUAUAAUUAUGUUCCGCUGGAUUUUUCAGUUACCUGGGAUAAUCCAGUGGAAUCCGUUCGUUAUACCCUGCGUCGGCUCAUUCCCGAAGUCUGUAUGGACUCUGUAUUUCAAAAGCUACUCACGUACACGAGUCUGUACAAGCCACAUUUUUUACUUGAGUGCAAACGAAGUAGCAGAAACAUUUUUAUCCUGUGUCAUUGCCAUAAAGUUUCUGCACAAGAUUUUUAAUACCAGGUGAACAGUGAGUGUUGUCACACUCAGUUCGUAAGUGGUGCCGUCAUUGCUCCACCCUCAGCCAUCCAAAUGGAAAAGUGCCACCUCAUCCACCGUCCACACAGCAUUUCAUGCAUCGAGGAAGAGAUUACGUAAAUGGUGUGCUCGUCAGCCAUGAUUUAUAAUUGAUCCGGCACGUACUGGAUGCUGAUAGAAAUAAGUUUUCCAGAUGGAACAGGCCUGGCUCCUCGAGCCAAGUGAGUCGAGACAACCUCAGAAAACACAGACACAACCAGUUGAGAAAAGAGUCCUAGCAGUUUAAUUCCAGAUCUCAAGUAUUAUUGGUCAUGUACAAGCAAGUAACCGUUCAUUGGCAACUGGUCGUCAGCGUGCACACCUAUCACACCAGCACCGCUGGCUCUGUGACCCCCGAAGUGAGAGAAGCGCUACAUUUCGAACAAGCUCGUGUUGUACUGAAUUUCUUUUGCAAAAGAAUGUUCUAGACUUUGUGCAACUCCUCCUCUCUUCUGGUACCUCUACACAUAAAUUGCAAAAAAUAAAUAAAUUGCAGGUGCAAAAACACGUUUAUAUCAAAUUAUGUUCCACAAUCAUUGGUAAUCUUCGUGUACGAACUAUGUUGGAUGCCUCGUACCAAGUUGGCAUCCUAUCUGGAUCACCUUACUAGAAUCGUAAAGUGAAUAGCAAAAACAAAGUGCUCCACAGUAUAUGAAGGGCUCGAUGGCACACAAUACCACAGCGUCUUCAACUCCGGUACUCUACCAUGGAGUUGUAUGUCUAGUCUUGUCUAGUCUUGAAUGUUACAGUCGACCUCCGUCUAUCCAUACUUCAUUGAUCUGCAUCCUGUACUAUCCGGACAAGAAACGUAGAGGCAGAUUCCGGUCCAUGAAAUUUGCCUUCAUCUAUCCGGGCUUCGGCCUUUCGGAUCCCGACAAAAAUUUCAACAGACUGCCAAGGAAAAUAUCCAACAGACACUUCUGCAAAUCACUUUCGUCAAUCAGGGGUGAUAACUUGGGGGAAUUUUCCCCCUUUUCAUUGGCCGAUCCACUCAUUUGGUGCCACAAGAAAAGGUCAUUCGGUAGCUUUGAACAAUGUCUUUUACCAUGCAUGCCCCCCCGUCAGCUGAAGAGUUUAUAGGAGCUGAAUGUCUGUAGUAAUUUUAUGCAAAUGACGACGGACACUUUCCUAUGCCCUCUAAAAUAAACACAGCACUUGUUGACAACUGAUGGCUCCCUCUGCUCUCCUGGAUAAACAGCGGUCGACUGUACUAGCAUGAUCCCUGCACGCGCAAAAAAUGCUGUAAAUGUUGAAAGAUGAAAGUCACUGAAAAGGUUAGCCAGCUGUAGGACUCGAACCCACAUCUUCUGGAUUACCGGUCUAGGGCUCUACCAAUUGAGCUAAGCUAACACGCCUUCUCAGCGACUUCCAGGGUGCCUCAUCUCAAGGGACAAACCGGUCACUCCGAUGAUGUGAUGUCCUGUAUGUGAUUGUCCCUUCUAUGUUGUUCCAGCCUCAGAACAUCAGUUCUCUCAUGCUGUAAAUGCGCCUGGCAAACAUCCUUUAUCUCACCUCAUGGUUUAUGUAAUUUUGUAUGUAAUGGUUUUGUUUUUAUGUAUUAUGUGUUUUUCAUGUGUUAUGUAUUGUUAUGUAGUUUUUUUUUGUGUGUGCUUAUGUGCUCUUGUGGUACCGAGCCCCUCAUUUACGUAGCGAACGCAAUGUGAACAUCAGAUCAGAAUUUUACAGCGAUACAAAGAAGCAAAGACAACCGUGGCCUUUUUAAACUGUUUUCAGCACAAGCAUGCUAACAUCUCCCAAAUCAGUCCCCAUUCCCAUGCAUCACUGAACCACACAAGACCAUUAUGAAUCACACAAGCUAUUCAGAAGAAAUGUUAAGUCACAACCACGAGGACUGGUCAAAGUUUCCAGCUUUGUAUUUAUACAGGUUCAGAGGACUCAGGUUGAUUAAUUGGCAGAAGCAGCAUCUUGCUGUCACGUCACAGAGUCGUCGACCCAGCUUUCCAGCCUGUGCCAAACUAGUCAACCGAUGAUAUCUUGGCCUAAGAAGGUGCACUUAUCACAAACGUCCUUCCAAAAGUCCCAUUGCAGAUAAAGGUAUAUAAUAAGAUGUUGAAAUAUUAUUGCAUUUUGAGAGCUUGAAAGAGAGUGCUGUGUUUAAUUUCAUGAGCAUGUUAACGUGAUGAGAGCACUUUGUCAGUUGACGUUAUAGCUUUUUCUUUUCUCAUAUCAAUGUGGAAUUAAAAAUGUUUUUGCAAUGAAGAUAUGUUACACAAUAGGAAUAAACGAUUCACACACUGCU